CUUCCCAAGGCAGACUAAACAAGACCCAUACAAAGCCCAUGGAAGAAUUAUCCAUGUCUUUUUUCUUCCUUCCCUUCUCCUGUUCGUUGCCUUGCUUCCAUGUCUUUUCAUUUCUGGUUUGUUUUUUUCUUUUUCGCCCCCUUCCCUCUGGGUAUUUGCUUGUUUUGUAUACUCCAUAUUCUGUAGGCCCGAAUUUUGGGAGUAUCUUUCUUUUUCCGAUCACCCCCCUCCCUUCCUUCCCUUUCUAUGAUUUCUUUUUUAUUAUGCGGUACUUUGUAUGACCUGUUCUUAAAUGCCGGUCUCUGCAUCUGCAUCUACUGUGCGUAGUUGGUCAGUCAGUUAGUUACUGACCUGCAGGAAGGAAUUGAUGGUGGG